AUUCGGUGUACCAUGUUGGGUUUAUUAAUCUUUUUACAGUUUAUAGGGCAAUUCUGAAAACAUGUUGGUAUUUGCGAGCAUACCCUAUAAUGUCUGCUAGUAGUCAAAAAGCUUUAACAUUGUCUGUGCGAUUGUAGCCACCGUUAAAACCGCCAGCGCUGGCCUUUUUUGCUAGCUUUGCUAAUGCUACACAUUGUUAACGUUUAGAAAGACGGCCAGUGUGAGUGUUCAAUACAUUUUAGGUGUUUUAAGACACCAUAUCGUUUAUAAUAUUCAUGGCACUGUUUUAAUUGUCUUUCUGCAGGGGUUAGUUGAGGUUGCAGCCUCGCAGGCCGAACUUGUUCCGUUUUCACCGCGAAAAGUAUGUUAGCAUGGUAACACACACGUCAUGUACAUAGCUCGUACAUCAACGCCAUUUGUAAAACCAAAAAGCAAGCUAAUGAUACUGAUUUUUGGCCGGCAAUUGUUACGUAAUAUUUUUUUAAAUUAAAAGCAAACCCAAAGUUGUUAUGAUAUUCGCACUGCUGGGCAUUUCUGUAGAGGCCGGCUAACCUAACAGCCUGCCAGCUUUACUUUUGAGUGUCGAAUGAAACAUGUUAGCUGAAUUGUGUUUUGUUUCCCCAUCAGAUGUCUGGUUGCUACAGAGAUGAGUGAUAACGUGAAGUUGUUUGUGGGGAACCUCCCCUUAGAUGCCACCCAGGAGGAGCUGACUAAACUUUUUUCUCCUUAUGGAGAAAUCAACACCUGUUCCUUACUCAGACAGUAUGCCUUCGUUACCUUGAAGGGAGAAGGAGCAGCAGACAGAGCCAUACGGCACCUAGAUGGCAAGGAGUACAGAGGGAGACCGUUGGUGGUUGAAGAGUCACGUGCACGCCCACCCAACUCCAUUAAAGUGUUUGUAGGAAAUAUUAGUGCCACAUGUUCAGCAGAUGACUUACAUGGAUUGUUCUCAACUUUUGGAAGAGUUUUAGAUUGUGAUAAAGUCAAAGCCAGGUUAUGCUCAAAUGUUGGCUAUGCAUUUGUGCAUAUGGAGAGGAGAGAGGAGGCCCUGGCAGCCAUUGAUGCGCUCAAUGGGACCAUGUUUAAGGGGCGCCAGUUGGCUGUGGAGCUUUCCAAAGCUCAACCUUUGGUCAAUCAGCUUUCAUCUGCGGGAGGAUCAAACGCUGCAGGUGGCAGAGAGGGUCUUCUUCCUCGACCGGCUUCAUCUCUGGAACAUCACCAGAGUCAGGCAGCUGUACUAGCUGCUGCAGCGGCUGCAGCUGCUGGUCUACCUAUCCAAGUUCAGCAAAGUGUCCAUAACUCAUUUUAUAACACCACGACCUUUGACCCCACCUAUGCUGCUCUGAAGGGCAUCACAAGUGCUAAAGGUGCAGAUGGGGUCAUAUAUGGUGCGCUUGCCAGUCAAGUAUAUGGUUCUGUAGCUGACCAGGUGUACCAAGAGCUUUCUAAUCAUAAUCCACCUGCUGCACCUGAGGAGCAAGAUCACUCUGUUGCACCAGAUCCCACUACACUUUUUGAGGCUGCAAGAGCCAAGUUCUUUCAGGAAGGACAGAAGGUUCUGGCCGAGCAGCAGGCAGGAAAAAAGGCGGCUCCCACAGAUACCGAACGAGACCGCAGCCCGAUUAGAGGAAAUCGAGUCCCUCUCCUCCCCGAUCCUGUUCCAAGUUCCUUUGCUCAAAUGCGAUCGAAGCGAGGUCCACUGCUGCCAACGCCACCCGGGGUAGCUCCUGAAGAUGCCCCUGUUGCCACCACAACUGCUGAGGGGUCAGAUCCAGUUGCAAGGUCUUACACAGAAUACUACCAACAAAUGCAUCAGUACCAGCAAUAUCAACAGUACCAGGAACAGUAUCAGUACCUUCAGUAUGCCUACACCAAUCCUCCACCUCCUCCUCCGCCUCCAUCGGCUACAACACAAGAUGCCGCCACGAUCCCUGCACCCCCAGGGACGUACACAGCCCCUCCAACAUAUGCCGCUUCAGACGUCUAUGCAGCCCCAGGAACAUACGACACUUCGGGAAGCUACGGCGCCUCAACGGGGAACUACAACACUUCAUCUGGGAGUUACGAUACCUCUUCAGGAAGCUACGACACCUCCGCAGGAUAUGACACAUCUGCAGGCUACGGUGCUUCAGGAGCAUAUGGUUCAUCUGGAGCUUACCAAGCAGCAGGAAGCUACUCCACAUCUACACCGUAUGAGCAGACACCCGCACACGGGCACUCCAUGCCCCAGCGUCAUGAUUACCCUUACCACACGCCAGAGCCCCCUUAUCGAUAGUCAGUCCCACCCCUACACACUCCUCACGCCGCUGAUGUGUGUACUUACGCAUUUGUAUUUACAUGAGGGACGGAAUAGAGGGGAAAUUCAAAGAGUUUGCAAGGUUAUAAAUGAAAUGUGCUUUAAUUCCCUUUCUCUUACUUGGCUAAAUAGUUUGUCAUCUUUGAGUUAGCGAGGUCUUCAGACGGGCGGAGAUAUCGGGGAAGCCUAAAUUGAAUCAUCGUUAAACAUUGAAGUUUCUGCUGGUUGUUGUGGUGACUCGGCUGGUCUCUUGUUGAAGGUUCACACUCUUAACAUUGCCUGGAGCAGGGUUAAGCUUAGAGGCCAAGGGGAAGUUAGCGACCUUUUCAGUUUAAGUCUGGAUCAAGGCCUUUUAUAUACUCUGCAUACUUUUGCAUAUUGAAAUUUGCAGUUCCAAUCUUCUAAUUCCACCAAUUACAUUUCACUUUACUUUCACUGCGUCGUAGAGGCUACAUAGUCGGACUGAAGAGCCGCUCUUACGAUUUCUUUAGUAGUCAGGAUGAAUGCAAAACGGUUAAUUUGUAAACUGCACAGAAAUAAUCUCCAAAGCAUUUAUUGUAGUAUUUAUGAUACAGAGUGCCCUUUGAGCUUGAUGGAGCAGCUCUACCCAAUACCUUUGUGGAGUAUGUAUUAGGCCUUAAACGGAUCUAGCUGCAGAUCCACGCUCUUUUGAAACUUUAAGAUGGAGAUUGCUAAAUGUAAAACAUACUUAGGAGAGAACAAAAGGUGAAAAUAAGUAAGUUGUGAACAAAUGAAACUCCGGAUAUUACAGUUGACCAGGCAGCGUAAUGUCACUUGUCUUCAGAAUUGUGAACCAAUCAGGCAGUUUGUUUAGAAAACAAUAGCUUAACUUUGUCUCUCGCUCCACUGACGCUCUGAUGUGACAUGAGAUGACUUGUUGGAGUUCUGGGUGUUGUAUGGCAAUCAGGUGGAGCCAUUUGAUCCUGUAGCACUGAGGGAUGUUCUCAGUGCGAGUAACAGAUCGGUUUGGACAAGCAGUUCACUUAUUUUGAAUGAGUUUUAACUAUAAAGUCCGAUAGGAAAAGCAGAUAAAGCUCCAACUUUCAGUGUGGCUUUGAUAUUCUAGUAUAAAUGUAGAUCAGAUUGAUUGUCCCUUGGAGUAAUUAAUGUAUUUUUUUUAUUCUUUGCUCGGCCCAGACUUUGCAUUUAGCUUUUUCUGUGUUUACAGAAUCUGGUUGUUGCUAAACUGAAUCCUUUGGUAUUUUUGAAACAUUCAGUUUGUUUGUGUUAAACUUUUAACAGAACUAUAUAAAAAAAGCAAGUUCGUUGCUUUCACGUCGUAGUUACAGACAAUACUCAGUUCUCUGCCUUUUUGUGUACAUAUGAUUCUACAGAGGCAAGUUUUACAUCAGCAAAUACGUGGUCAAUUUUUGUAGGAUUUGAGCAUUAUAAAUACUUAAAAUUCCAAUUUAUUUUUUUGAACUUUCUAUCGUUAACAUUCUUACAUGUUUUUUGUUCCUCGCCUAUUUUCAUGGGACGCAUUCAUGAUUUAGGGGAAACAACGACCCAUAUUUCAUACAGGAAAAAAAAUAUUGGUACUCGUGUAAAUACUUUAAAUCUAAGAGUAAUAGCUCGCCAAAUUUGGAAAGAAUUGUGACUUAGUAAGAUAAUUAAACUUCAAGGAGAGUUGCGGACCUGGUGUAGGGCAGUUCUUAAGAAUUAAACAACCUUUGGGUGGAGGGGCAGUGUGGUAACAUCUGCCACCAUCUUUGUGUGAUCUUAAUGUCAUAGAGGCUGUUGACAGGAUGGAGUGUGUUGAGUCGAUCUGUGUGGCAGAUGGCAUAAAGAUUGUUUUUGGCAUUCGUGGGGAGGAUUCAUUUAUUUUGUCUGGUAGCAGUCAGACGAACCAACGACGUGUCCAAAGCAAACCUCAUUUUGACACAUGGGUAUGUUUUGUUCUGGAUUUAGAUCACAUAGCAGUUAAACUCAAAACAUAGGUCAAGGUGUGUUUUACCUGGUUAAUAGUUUUUUAUGCAUAUCUGAUUCCGUCUGACUUCUUUGAAGUAGAGUAGUUGUGCAGAUCUGAUCGUACCACACACGACUCAUCCUGAUUCCCAUUGGGCACAUGAGCUACUAGAGUAAGGAUUAAAUGACACAUUGCGACCCUACAUUUCCACAUUGUUCCACCUUCUCCAUGUGAACUGUUAGUUGCAUGCCUUGUUGUUGCUGCUGCUCCAGCCACCUUCUUCCUCUUGCUGAUUAUUGCAGCUAGAGUGGGAGGGAGCCAAACUGAGCCCUUGCCCUGGACGUACGCCGCACGCAGCUGUAGAGUGGGAUGGGGGAAACAGCAGCGUUAGGCCUGAAACUGCUGUGGACGAUGGGGUGUCUCCCCACUAAGGUAAACACUCAGACCACACACUCCUGCCCCUCCCUGAAACAUGCGUACACACUCUCUAGCACACAUUCACAGUACAGGAACACUUAACGUCCAUACCUAUUGUUCCUUAUCUAUUUUUUGGGAUUUUCAUUUGUCAGGAUUUCAGAUUUCUGGAAAUUCCUGUCUUUUGUGUUGGGAGAUCCAGUUCUUCCUGCUUUUGGUUUUUCCUGCUCACUUUCCUCCAAGCAUACUCUGCUCAUACAUUCCUGCUCCCAGCUUGACAAGUUACACACAAUCCUUUGAGGACCCCUAUACCAGCUUCAGUCUAAAUCUCAUCACUUUCAGCAGCUCCGUUCUUAGCCCAACCCGUCACUUAAAGAGUACCAGACAAUCACAGCCAAGAGCCAGAUUGGGACAUUCAGGUGGGAUGGUUGGUUCUUUUAAUUAAACCAGCCCUGCCGCCGCUUUGGGGAUAGGUGCCUUGAUGAGGAGCGCACUGGUAGACCCUCGAUUUCAGAGUUGAAUAAUCUGGCUCAGGAUCAGUUGCUGGUUCGACGCAACAAACACAAUACUACUCUGCUGUUUUAAAGUACAUUUUGUCAUUUUUGUUCUUUGAAUUGUUUAUCAAUAAAAAAAAUUCCAACAGAA